AGCAUAAUCAAGCCAUAUCAGAGCAUUUUAACUGACGUGGCAGAGCGUCAUCGUGUGGGCGUUGCUUAGUAUUGUCAACAUCCUGAUGACGUAACCAGUCUCUCCAAAAUGGCGACGGCGGACCAGAGAGAGGCCGGUCAGGAGGACCCAGAGAGUGAAGACGAGCUGUAUGAGGUGGUGGACCUGACAGAAUAUGCCCGGAGGCACCAGUGGUGGUGCAGGGUGUUUGGCAGCAACUCUGGCCCGAUUGCUGAGAAGUAUUCUGUGGCCACCCAGAUCGCGAUGGGAGGGGUGACUGGAUGGUGUGCGGGUUACCUCUUCCAGAGAGUCGGGAAGAUUGCUGCCACUGCUGUUGGAGGAGGGUUCCUUCUCUUACAGAUCGCCAAUCACAGUGGCUACGUGCAGGUGGACUGGAAGAAGGUGGAGAAGGAUGUGAACAAAGCGAAGAAGCGCCUGAAGAAGAAGGCGAACAAAGCGGCACCAGAAAUAAACACUUUCAUUGAGGAGGUAAAGGCCUCCGAUUUUAUAAAAAGGAACAUCGUUUUGUCGAGCGGGUUCGUCGGGGGCUUCUUUCUGGGUUUGGCCUCCUAAAGCUAAACAGCCUCCACUUCCUGUGAAUCAUCUCUACAUAGGUCAAUAUACUCUCCAUUGUUUACCUCAGCUGUGUGUGCAUUGAUUCACCUUUUAACAAACUGAACAGGGGGGGUUAACAUUAAAGCAUGAUCUGUUGUAUUAAUUGUGUAACAUUGUUCUCCUCCCCCUAAAUCAAUCAUAGCUACUUAUUUCUGGACUGUAGGCACAUUUUGAGGUGUUUUUAUUUGGAAGCUGGAGUGGAUUAUACUGUGAGAACUGUCUCCUUUGCCUAACAAAGACUCAUCGAUGCUUUUUCAACUCUAAUCCGGAUUGACUGUCCCCUCAUGCAUUCGCCGGGUGGCCGCUGAUCUCAUAUUGUUAUAAAUUAGCAUGCGUGGGCGCCAUUGUAAAUACGUAACCAGAGGUAAAUAUUAUAUAAAACAACAUAGGAAGACAGCAGAGUGGGAAGUUAGCACCUUCCCACAGUCUGGGGCUUUUUUAUGUAGCUGUGAGAUUUAUGUGCCAUAUGGUUGUGGGAGUUAAAAAAAAAAGAAAAAAGUUUCCAGUCUGAGAGAGUUCUGAAUAUACAACACAUAUCAUGAGGGUAAAUCAAAUGUCUGUGAAUGUUACUACACUGACAAUCUUUUAUUCCCAUAAUCCUCAGCUGCACAAUGCCCCACAAUGACAGGAUGAGCAUCUGCUGCACCCUAAUUACACACCAAACAGUCCUGUCAUUAAGGAGCGUAAUGGAGCGGCGAUUUGUGACUCCCACGCACGGCCCCUCGCUUUUGUCACUGCAUGUGUGUCAGUGUAGCAAUAACAUAAAGAGAUGCUGCAGAGUCGUGCGUAUUCACAUCAUCUAGAUAGGACGACCACACAUAGGGGUCCAAUAAGUCGAUCACAAGCUGCUUAUUUUUUUGGCCUUUUACUUACAGUGCAAUAUACGGUAUAACAGAUUGUUUUUUCUGUCCUUAACUGGCAUUUUUAUUGCUUAUCCUCCCUCAUUGUUUCUAUUUAAUGUUAUUUGUUAUGAGCUGUACGAGUGUUUCUUUGAAAUAAAGUUGCCUGAUAUUGUUUUAAAUACAAAAA